GGAGGUAUCGACAUCUGUGAGAUAAACCAAGGCCGUCCUACUUAGCCAUGCCAAAGUCCUCGUGGACCCGUUGUUCUCUCUGCCACACGGACCUUGUUCCAUCUGACAUUGCGUGUAUGGAUAGCAGAUGAUAGAACGGCACAAUUCACGCUCUGUUUUUGCACAAUUUCGUGGACUGCCAACUAGAUGCAUUGACAAUGUCAUCCGGACUAGAGCUGAGUUUCGAAUUCAGCAACGCUUUUCCAGAAAAGAAGGAAGAUCACCCACUCUUCAUGAGACAAGGGGGGAUAAGAGGAUGUCUGAAACUGAGAAACCCUGGAGGGAUCGAAGUGGACAAAGUAAAGCUUAUACUGCGAGGCUACAUGUUCAACACAAUCGGACAUGGUUGUCAGGAGCUCUAUCAGCCCCAUAAACUACGAAUGGAGUCGAAAAUCCUUCACAUGAUCGACGUGCAGGACUCUUUUGCAUACGCACGAGAUCACUGUGCUGGUCGGGAGGAAGUGUUCAACUUCGACUUCCAACUGCGAAAGGCAAACUAUGAUCUGGACGAGUCUUUAGACGACGGGGAGCUUCUGAGACAAUUCAACGGCUUCCUCCCUUGUUCACUCGGUAUAUUCGGACCCUGGUGCCAGCACGCUGUUGGACAGGCGUGCUGUCAGGCCGAGGCUCUUGUCAAGUACGAGCUGGAAGCAAAAGUUUUCAAUGGCGAUGACUGCGUCGGUUCGGGCUUUCGCCCGCUGAGAAUCUUCGACUGUCCCGAUACGAACCCUCCGCCGGUUCAUCUCGAGCACUUUCCCGGCGAAUACACGUGCAGUGAUGAGCAACGCUUGAGAACGCUGUACAAGAUGGGCAACCCCCUUCUUCGAGUGAGCGUUGUGGAGCCCAAACCUGUUGAAAUCCGACCGAACGGCGAAAUGGCCCUGGCAGCUCUUAUGUUCCGCUUCACAAUGCGCGGUGUAGACGCGCCGCCAAAACAACUAGAAGUCCGGAUCAAUUCGAUGCUCAAGGCCAUGACUUUCAUCGCAGUGAAUAAGUUGGGAAGCCAGCCGACCGUGAGCCUGUCAAAGAAAUGCCCUCUCGUAGCUGCGGUUCCAAAAUGGGGCCGAUCGUACCAUCGCAAACUACGCCUUGGUCAGUGGGUGGGUGGUGAAAAGCCUGGAGAAUGGGUUGCCAGCGCUCUUAUAUGGAUGCCUGUUUGCGAAAACUCAACACCAGCACCUACAUUCUUCACGCCCAGUCUGUCUAGAAGAUACAGCUCUGUGCUGCGAAUCGAAGUCAAGGGCGCUGGAAAGGCAGUCUUCAAUUUGCAUAUCCCCGUGCAAAUCGUAUACCCAGAUCCCAUCGCUGAUGUGCCAAGUUACGAGACUGCAACGAGCACGCCGAGCUCAGAGGAAGAAGGUUUCAACUUUGGAAUCUCUGACGAACUACCAAUUUAUGUACGCUGAAAAAGAGUUUACCACGUCGUGGACAGAGCGUACAAACAAACUAACGAAAGUCCUCGGUUUCGACCACUUAUUCACAAUGAUGCUUCCCUCACGAGGCUUUUAAUUCUCCUAGCAAGGGAUAAUUCUUUCUCUCCUUCCCUCCAUCCAUCCAAAGGACUCCUUAGAAGGGCUGACGAUUAAAAGCAUCCAUACAAACACCCACGAAAAGAAUCUACAACUCCAUCUGUAUGUUCUCAGUAGGAUCGACUAGUCAAUCACGGCAUUUCGGCACGCUCAAGAGCGCAUCAUCGGAAAUCGUCGCUGUUUUCAGAGCCUACAACCUUGCACAUCGUGUAUACAAAGGUUCCCGUACUCACAGCACAGAGGAGCAAUAUGGCGCUAGCGGCUUCGGUUGUUCACACUAAGAUAGCACUCAAGCCUUCUGUCCCAGACAAUAUCGACGGCCGUGAAGUGAUGGCAACGAAAACCUGCAUAGUGAUCCUUACCAUUUCUCUCAUCUUGCCAACACCUGCCGUUUUGGUGGCUGCGAGCACGGCUUGCAAGACGAUCGAGCUUCUUCAAACCGUUGCCUAGAUCA